UCGUUAGGAAUUGCUGUCAAAAUUUGCAAUAAAAUGUUGUUUUUUUUUAAAGAAAAAAAAUGCUGUUGAAACGUUUGCCUUAAAAAUUGCCCAACCCCAGGAUUAACAUCAAAAUUCGUGGUCAAAAAUGGAGUCUCAAACUGAAGAAAAACUGGCAAAGUGCUGUUUUGUUAUCACCGUAGGGUCUAAUGGUCACAUCGAAAUUAGUUCUCAUAAACCAGACAAUGUGGCAAAUACACCAGAAGAUGGGAAACAUGGUGAUAAUUCCACAUUGACUGACAAGGCUUUAAACCAAAGAUUAAGCAUAGAUGUGCUGAAAGAUUUUGCGAAUGGAAUCAAUGAUCUACAAGCAAACCAAGCCGAUGAUCAAGAACUUAAAACUCUGAGGGAGAAUAAAAUAAAUGUGGAAUCGCAAAAAACUUUAGUUCCACCACGGUUCGUUAAAAUUUGCAACAAAGACCUGACGAACAGGCCUUCCUUUGUGGUUCUUGAGGAUGCUUUGUCGCGAAAUCGAGUUAAACAGGAUAUUGGCCAUUCAAGAUCAGAACAAUUAGUUCCCUGCGACGUCCAACAGCAGACUUCACAGUCACAUAUUAGCACCCACGCUGGCUCUCAAACAGAUCAGUAUUGUGCCCAAAAGAGUGUGGCAUGCAACAACAAUAGCACCCAGAAAGGUCAUUCAAAACUAUAUACGCAAAUCGCAGCCCAGGUCCGUCAAAAACUGAAUAGUUUAAAUAAUAAAUCAACACAAUUGGUUCCUGAAACAAGGAAAAAAGCUGGCAGCUCUUCAUUUUCUCAGAAGCAACAGCAACAUCAGAAAUUGUCAGAGCAGAUACAGCAGCAACAUCAACUUCAGACACAAAAUGAGCACAACCAAAAGCUUAUCGAAAUACAGGAGGAACUGCGUAAGGAGGCACAGCAGCAACAUCAGACAAUGCAGCAACUUCAGCAGUCUUUCAGCAACACUUCUUCACAUAUGUCCUUCGGUUUCUUACCAAUGACCCAGACAGGAGCAACGACAGGCAGACCUAUGAUGUAUCCUGGCCAGCAAUUCCUGAGUUCGGCACCGGGCAACUUGUCGAGUUGUUCCUGUUGCAGCUGUAGCAAUUGCUGGUCGCCAAGGACUCCUCAAGUCUGCCAAAUGCCCCUGAGCAAGUGUUGCAGCCAGGCUCAAAAUCUGGGUCACGGAAGCAACUGCAGCAUGCUGAAGCCGGAAAACUAUGCUAACUGCCUCUGCAGUGGCUAUGCUUCGUGCUGUCCACUUCCGAAUCUGCAACCACAUUCUUCUUUGGCAUUUGAUGGUCAUGCUAAUUCCAUUCAUCAGUACACUCAGCAUUUGAUGCCACCCGUUAUGGGAACUUCGACUUCUACGCUGCAGAACCAACAAUUAAAUAUUCCCAUUGCCACUGGGUUUUACUCUGGCUGCCCUUGCCAGCCAUUGUGUACUUGCCACCAAAGCUCGCAUUUCAGGAUGCAAGCCCAUCAGCAAUAUUGUUGCCAUUACCCAUGGUUUUUCAACAACCAACAGAUGUAUCAAUCGCAGUUGCAGCAGCAACAGUUGCAGCAGCAACAAUUGCAACAGCAACAAUUGCAACAGCAACAGUUGCAGCAGCAACAGUUGCAGCAGCAACAAUUGCAACAGCAACAUUUGCAGCAGCAACAACAACAAUGUGUCUGCUGCCCCAUAAAUCUUAAUAAACGACGUCAAAAUUUAUCCAAAGGAGCCGAUGAUGAAGUAAAGGAAAUAUUUAGCAAGAAGCCAGCUGAGAUUCCGAAACAGGAAAACAAGCAGCAAGCCGUGGAGCUUAAUAAUCAACCAAUCAGCAAGAAGUCACACAAGAUACAAAAUCGAUUGAUUGGUGGUUCUGCCCAUAUCAAGAGGAAUUCCAACAUAUCCCCAUUGUAUAUAGCUCGAUUCGGAAGAAGUUGCCUGGUUCUGAGACCCACUGCUCUAAUGCCACGUCUCUUGACCAAGCGAAUCACUAGCUAUUCCUUAAACAGAGACACAACUUGAAAUGUUAUUUUCAAAAUAUUCAUUAUAAGCCAAA